AUGGAGAAUGCCAUAAAGCGAAUUUCUAUACCACUCGUUGGUAAUGAAAAAAAGGCGAAAAGAUUAAUGUCGAAACCGACAUUUAAAGAUAGAACAAUAUAUUCUAAAGAUUUAAUGGCUGUUCAUAUGAAUAACGAAGAAAUAAAAUUCGAUAAACCUAUUUAUGUAGGAUUCGCUAUUUUAGAUAUAUCUAAAAUAUUUAUGUAUAAUUUUCAUUACGAUGUCAUGAAGAAGACAUACGGUAGUAAAUUGAAUACGGUAUAUUCCAAUACUGAUUUUUUGGUGUAUGAAAUUAGAAAAAAUAACUUUUUUGAUGAUUUAAAAUAUAAAUUAUUAACACAUUUCGAAACAUCUAAUUAUCCGAAAAUUCAUUAUUGUUUUGAUGACUGUAGGAAAAAUCAACCAGGUUUUUUUAAAGAUGAGAUGAAAAGUGAGAUAUUAACCGAAUUUCUUGCAUUACGUCCUACACUUUAUACAUACAAGUGUUCUAAAACUGAAUUUGAAAAAGCAAAGGGUGCGAAAAAAUAUGUGAUUGAUAAGCAUAUGCGAUUUGAUGAUUAUAAAAACAUUUUAAAUGCAUACAUAAAUAAUAGUUUAGAUAUAUCUAAUAAAGCUACCCGUAACAUGAAUUUGAUUCAAUCGAAAAAUCAUUUGGUUUAUUUAAAAACAGUCAGCAAACUCGUGCUCAGUGCUAAUGAUGAUAAGAGAGUUAUUAUGAGCGAUGGUAUUAAUACGUUAGCGUAUGGUCAUUAUAAAUUAAAACGUUUACAAAAAUAA